UGCUGCGAUUGUAGAGCGUAGAGCCAGAGCGUCAAAUGAAGGAGAUGCAGGGCUGCGUUCAGAUUCCCCACUCGAGUGUUUCCAGGUAUCAUUUUAUCCUUGUUAUUUACUGAAUGUUAAACAAGGAUAAAACUACACCUGAGAACACUCGGGUGAGGAAUUUGAACGCACCCUAGGGCAUCUUUGAUGUUCGAACAUGUUUAGCGCGCGAGCGUAUGUGAGUCGCAAUUGUCGCGAGUCCUGUUGAGUCCUAUUCCAUCUUUCGUCGUGCACCGUCCUAUUCUGCUGCUGAUUUCCGUCGGUUAUCCGCUGAUUAUUCAUCACAACUACAGGUUCACAAAACUUAAUUAGUCUCUCAGCAGAAGUUCAAUUCUUUGACUUCUUAUAUUUAAGUUAUUUGGAGCUGUAACAAUCUGUCCUUUUAUUAUAGUUGAUACACUUUUGGCUGCACGGAAUGCUCGGAAUGGAUAUAUUAUAUCUUCCAAUUAUGAAACAGAAUAUGAAUUUGGUCGUAGCAAACGUAAAAAAAAUAAGCGACAACAGUUUUCAUCUGAUGAUUCUUUCUCGACAAAAAAGAGACUUAAAAAUAAUUCAACUUCUGAUGAUUCGGAUUUUAAUGGAGAUGAUGGUGCUAGACAAGAAUUUAGAUGUAAACAAAGUGCUUCUUCUCUACCACUUAUCUCCUUACAAUCACAAAAUAAAGCUGAGAAAAGUACUAAAGAUAGCAACACAACAAAAAUUGAAAUAGUACAUAAGAAUAAUAAUAAUAAUUUAAAAAAAAGGAAUGACACAAUGUUAAUGUCUUAUCAAAAUACCAAAUCUAAAAAGAAUCUUUUACUUAUAAAAAUACGUCAAGCAAAAAAAGAAACUUCAGCUAUGAAUAAGAAGGAAACUUCAGUUAUCAUAGAGACAGCAAGACAAAAACAAAAAUGUUUGAUAGAAGACAACAAAAAGAUAGUAUCUGAUGCUGCAAAGAAAAAUAUUGAUUCUAAUAUUCAACGCAAAAAUUUUUCGAUGAAAGUUCAGAAUAUGAAGAAAGUAUCAUCAAAAAAUAAUGCAUCUAAAAAGACAAAUGCAAGAUCGAUAAGUUUAGAAAUGCCAAGUACAUCAAAGGAUAAUUGUAUGAUAUCUAAAUAUGAUACAUUUGGUGAAGAAUUAUCAUUUUCAAUGCACAAUGUAUCUCCAUUAGAAUUACGUGAAAUGAGUCCGAUUACUUCUCAUGUAACAACAUUUACUUCUACACCCCGUUCAUCCCGUUUAUCAGGUAGUGCAUUAGCAGGUGUGUCUGACGUAGUCUUUGAUACAAAAGCUUUUGAGAAAAAGAUGUAUACAUUAAAUCAAGAAAUUAGUAGUAAAUUGAACGGAGUGAGUCCCAGAUAAGCGCACAGUAAUAAACGGACACAGCAAGCUGAG